CUGGAGGCGCGGCAAACUUCGCCUAUAAAUGGUCAGCCCGCACUUUCCCAGUACCGGAGACCAAGCGAGGCCACUCUCAUCAUCUCACUACUUGGAUUGAAACCCAUUUCGGGGCAGCACCUACCACACAAAAAGCUGCAACCUGCAGCAGUUAUGAUUAAGAAAAUGUCGCCAUCGGAGAAUGAGUUUGACAUACCGGCCAAGAACUGCCACCGGAUGGUGAUUCUGGGCUCCACUAAAGUUGGGAAAACAGCCAUCAUCUCUCGGUUUCUCAACGAGAGGUUUGAUGACCAGUACACUCCUACCAUCGAAGAUUUUCACAGGAAAUUCUAUAGCAUCAAGGGAGACGUUUACCAGUUAGACAUUCUGGACACUUCUGGGAAUCAUCCCUUCCCUGCGAUGAGGAGGCUUUCAAUUCUUACCGGUGAUGUAUUUAUCUUGGUAUUCAGCCUGGACAACAGAGACUCUUUCCAAGAGGUGCAGCGUCUGAAGCGUCAGAUACACGAGACCAAAUCCUGUCUGCGAAACAAAACAAAGGAGAACGUGGACGUCCCGCUUGUCAUCUGUGGAAACAAGUGCGACAGGGACUUUUACCGCGAAGUGCAGAACGACGAGAUCGAAAAGUUGGUCGGCGGAGAGGAACAUUGUGCAUACUUUGAGAUAUCGGCAAAGAAGAACACCAACGUUGACCAGAUGUUUCAGACUCUCUUCACCAUGGCCAAACUGCCAAACGAAAUGAGCCCCGACCGCCACUGCAAAGUUUCCCUGCAGUACCGCGACGUUCUGCACAGAAAGUCCUUCAGAAACAAGAGGUGCAAGGACGGGAACGCGUACGGGAUUGUGGCCCCGUUUGCGCGGAGACCGAGCGUGCACAGCGACCUGAUGUACAUAAAAGAGAAGGCGAUAGGUGGCAGCCAGGCCAAAGAGAAGGGCUGCGUUAUCUGCUGACACUUGUCCGUGCGCACUCUUCUCGCUGUUGAACUACACAGAGCCAUCGCAGCCAGUCAGUCUGCCACGAGGAAACACAAGACCGUAAACUGUAGAUAUCCUGAGCCAAACUGGACUGAGACACGCAGCAUUAGACUUUCCAAAUAUGCUGUAAAUCUGUCUCUGUUGGCUCUCUGGGAGCAGCACUGG